GUUGAGUUGGGGUGUGGUGUUGCCUGGCUGCCCUGUGCUUCACCAGCCAACAGCAAUCAAGCAAUCCACUGUGACGUCGGGCUGUGGGCGGGGCACAGGCGCCACAGCCGAGUUUCCAGGAUGUGGUAUGCGAGCUGUCUUGACUACUACUUCUGCGGCUGUAUUCAUCCAUACCCCAAUAGUCUAGUUGGGUUGCUUCUCUAUAUUGUCUAUGCAUUUCUUGGCCAUAACACGCCUCGCUUCUCUGCUUGUCAUUAUCCCGGACAGCGCAACAGCUGUCUCGCCUUAAAAACUUCUCACUAAACCCUUCGUCAUGGCCUCAAUAGGCAAAUCGCAACCUCUCCGUUCAUCGUGCGAUUGGUGUCGUGCACAAAAGCUACGCUGCGUCCCGGUCCCUGGCACCGCACCGCAUGCGCCGUGUCAACGCUGCCACAGAGCGAAGCCACCGCGAACCUGCCAUUUCUCGGCCAGGUCGCGAUCCGGUCGAACGCCCAAGGAUGGUGAAGCGAAGCUUCCGCCAGACUACACAAGGAAGCUGUCUAUGCCGGACGUGGCGUGGACAAACAUGAUACCGAUGCCACUCUCCACGCUGUCGUCCUCGGGUGACAGCGCACCUCCGUCCGUCGUGUUACCCAUGGACAAAGACCAGGACGGCCCCUUGUCGGAUGAUGGCACCGCUGCAUCAACCGUCAAUCAACAAGAUGGAGCGUUCAAUGGUCUACUAGGAGCCGAAUCGACAGAAUCGGAUGUAUCGGAAUGGUAUCCGGCGCUCAAUCGAGUCUCAUCGGUGGCUGACAAGUACGGCGACACAGCAGACAGGGAGAUUGCCUUCUCGAUAGCAGGCGUAUCUGCAUUUGAAGUAGACCUCGACUUUGAUGCAAGUCUUGCUUUAUUAUCCGAGGAGCCGCCCUGCACCGUCAGCUUGGACUUGAUCACGCAAGGCUCUUGCGGUACGGUUGAGCUAUCUAGCCUGUUAGCAGACAUGGCACGAUACGAAACGCAGAUGGCCAUGGUCUCUGGCGGCGAACUCGAGUAGUAUCCAAUUGGAGACGCUCUGUUCCUGUCUCAGCGCUUCUGCCAUCUGUUAUCUAACGAGGUUUACAACACCUUUGUGGACCCGGAGGCCCUCGAUACGCCUAUUACGCUGCUCAUGCUCUCUUGUUACAUGAUGCUGACGCGCAUCCUUUCCUCCGUGCUUGGGCACAUGACACAACAUCUGCUGAAGCUGAUGGGAGCGCACCAAGAUAACCUAUCCUCUGCAACAACAUCAGCCAGUAUCCUGUCGUACCGCGGACUGAGCCUCGGCGAGCUACAACCGAGCGCGGAGAGAGACCUUGCGGCGAGGGUGAAGAGAGCCGUUUCUCUCAUGCUGGACUCGCUCCACGCGUCAGAAAGGGCAAUGGGGCUGGCGACUGGCGCUAUGGUGGCUGUUAAUUUUGAUGAGCCGUCUAAGGAGGAUCGCUCAAGGCCGCCUGGAGGCGCUGGGCUGAAAGUGGCAGCUGUUGCGAACGGGGGACCGAUGCUGACGCUGGCAAACAGCCGACUGCAUGAAGCGGUGCUAGAGCAGUCGGGAAAGUUGGCUGGCAGGGUCAAACACUUGAAUAUCUUGCUUGCGCGUUUUUUAGACUUGUAAAUGAUAGAAGAUGCUAGACAAUUGGGCGACUGCACCCUCUAGGCAAAUGUAAAUCUGUUUUGCUCCACGGACAACAUGGUUACACCGGGC